GAGAGAGACACGCAGAAAGUAUGAAUAAAGUUAUAAGCAAUAUCCCAUGAGGGACGUACUGUAAAUACACUAUACACAGGUCCCGGAAUAGGACUAUCUACUGGACGUGUGUUUCCUCAUGAGAGCAGGGCGUAUAUUUACACAUGAAAGCUGAGAUUCAAGAAAAUAAGCCGAACAGCUAGAGAGCACUCAUAUCAACUCGUAGCUUUCUGAUACUUCGAGGCUCGUGGUAUCUGAUGUUAAUGGUUCUGCCAUCUGGAAACACCAACAUCGUUGGGUGGCCCAGAGAUGGUGUUCAUUUUAUUACUACUAGUCAGUUUAGAGUUCGUAUCCAACGGAAAUACUCAGUCUCUGCCACAGUUGAACUUUCAAUUCGUCACUUUGAAUCCAUUGGAAGAAGGUCUGGAUGUCCACUUGGAAGAGGAACUUGACCAUAUACUAUUUAGUUUCAUGUGCAAGUUCUCUGGCAAUAAGUUCACUGUUCGAAUCAGCCCGAGUCAAGGGGCGACCAACCUCAUCGAUGACAGCCUAGGCUUCACCAACAAAACCGAAGGCGCUGUGCCUUGCCUCCUGGGCGACACCCCUGCACCGAUCACCUGCAACGACCCUAGCUUCUGCCAGCUGGGCAACACCUGCAGGGCAACGGUCAGGUCCGUAUGUGAGAAGUAUCAAGACAGGAACAGGUGGAUGAUGACCCAGGCCGUGGACAUCACGCUGGACCAAGAGGACGGUGAAAUCCUAGUCACCAAGUGUUUCACAGUCUGCGAGCCAACCUCUGAGGAGGUGGAGAUAAAGGCCAAAGAAUACGGCAUCUCUGUGGUCACUUUAACCAUUAUUGUGGUCAGUGUCAUGGUCACCCCGGUGUGUGUAGUAACAGCUUUGGUCCUGGGGAAACUAAAAUAUGCCAGCUAUUUGAAAGAUAUUGAGAAGAAAAGAUCUCAAAUGGUGCAUUAAUUUGAGAUUUAUACGAUUGAUUUAUUUAGAUUUAUUAUUAUUUUAUAUUGAAAUAUAAAUAAAAUAUAUGAUAAAACAUUUUAUGUUGUU